GUCUAAUAGCCGGCAGACUUUGGACCCCAAUUUCCAGCUCUCAGGAAACUCUCCUCCAUCUGUCUGCACUGAGAACAUGGCGAUCGAGUUUGCUCCGCGCUCUGUCCCUUUGGAGAGGAGACUGCAGACGGCGGCGGUACUGCAGUGGGUGUACUCCUUCCUGGCACUGGCACAGACUUGCAUCAUCCUGUUCUUCGUUCUGCUCUUCACCCGCUUCUGGAUAAUCAGUGUUCUGUACGGGAUCUGGUGGUUUAUAGACUGGGACACCCCCAGCCAAGGAGGAAGGAAAAGCCACUAUCUGCAGAGUCAUGUGGUGUGGCGGUACCUAAGAGACUACUUUCCUGUAAAGUUAGUGAAGACAGCGGAUCUCGACCCUCGCCAGAACUAUGUGGUGGGUUUCCAUCCUCAUGGCAUUAUGGUUGCUGGAGCCUUCACCAAUUUCUGUACACAUGCCACUGGGUUUCCUGAGCUGUACCCCGGGAUUUCACCAUACCUCCUGAUGUUGCCGCUCUGGUUCCGAGCACCAUUUUUUAGAGAUUACAUCAUGAGUGGGG